AUGGGAAAAGAAAUACAGUCGUUUCCUCUACCAGAGAUCGACCCGCAGUAUGACAUGACAGAUGACGUGCCUAGAGAGAUGACCGAGGAGUCAUCGAUCGAGGUAAACCCUGAGGACAAAUCUUUACAUGAGAACCUUAACAAAGAGCAGAGAGCGGCCUACGACGAAAUCCUAGCAACGAUUGACAGCCAAAGAGGAGGCAUAUUCUUCGUCGAUGGGCCGGGAGGCACCGGAAAAACAUUCCUUUACAGAGCACUCUUGGCCACGGUACGCGAUCAGGGAAAGAUUGCUCUGGCAACAGCAACUUCUGGUGUUGCCGCUUCCAUAAUGCCAGGAGGGAGGACAGCACACUCCAGGUUCAAGAUUCCACUAAGAAUAGAUGAGGGAGCAAUUUGUGGGUUCACAAAACAGAGCGGGACAGCCAAGCUACUGCAAGCGGCUUCUCUAAUAAUCUGGGAUGAAGCAUCUAUGACAAAGAGACAGGCAGUUGAGGCGCUAGACAAAAGCAUGAGGGACAUAAUGGACAGACCAGAUCUUCCAUUUGGCGGGAAAACGGUGGUAUUUGGAGGAGACUUUAGACAAGUGCUCCCCGUUGUCCGAAAGGGUACAAGAGCUCAAAUAGUUGAUGCGUCGUUAAGCAGGUCAGACCUAUGGAAAUGCAUGAGACAAAUGAAGCUUGUGCGCAAUAUGAGGGCUGAGAAUGACCCGGGGUUUGCGGAAUACCUACUGCGCAUUGGAAACGGAACCGAGAAGACAAACGAGGAUGGCGAAAUACUUCUACCUACAAGUAUAUGCGUCCCAAAUAAGGUGGAUGAUAAUGGCCUAGAUAAACUCAUCGACCAUAUCUACAGAACACCAGGCUCUUCCCUAGAGGAUCCAAAAUACAUCACGUCAAGAGCAAUUUUAGCAACAAAAAAUGAUUGCGUAGACAGAAUCAAUCUAAAAAUGAUUGAUCGAUUCCAAGGGAAUGAGAUGGUGUACUACAGCUUUGAUUCCGUAGAAGAAGACCCACAUGGAUACUAUCCAGAAGAUUUUCUAAAUGCCCUUACCCCAAACGGACUGCCUCCACAUAUGCUAAAGCUGAAGAUUAAUUGUCCGAUCAUACUACUCAGGAACAUUGACCCCGCUAAUGGCCUCUGCAACGGGACAAGAUUGGUGGUACGUGGAUUCCAAAAAAAUGCAAUUGAUGCGGAGAUUGUGCUAGGACAGCAUUCUGGAAUGCGAGUUUUCUUGCCUCGAAUAUCAUUGUGCCCCUCAGAUGAAGAAAUGUUUCCGUUCCGUUUCAAGAGGAAACAAUUUCCAGUCAGGCUGAGCUUCGCCAUGACAAUAAACAAAUCACAAGGUCAGACAAUACCAAAUGUCGGCGUCUACCUACCUGAACCAGUUUUCUCACAUGGUCAACUAUAUGUCGCACUUUCAAGAGCAACUGCAACAUCAAACAUAAAGGUACUAAUAGGUACAUGUGAAGAGGAGAAUGAGAUUACGAAGAAGGAUAACAAUAAGAAGGAGAACAAGAAGAAGGAGAACAAGAAGGAGAAUAAAAAGAUGGAAAAAAGUACAAGUGACACUUACACAAAGAAUAUUGUCUACACGGAAACAGAUGGAAUUGGGAUUGAAGCAGCAAAGAACCCAGGACAGAAUGUUUCAAACCAGAGGUACUACAGGGCAAGAGCUGAGGUGGCGUGUCAGCCAACAAACCAUGGGAAGAGGGCGUCGUAG